AUGCGUUUCAACAAGCAGGCCAUUGUUGCAGUGGUGACCGUCCUUCUCGGAACCAUCUCCGCUACUCCUGUGGAGAUGGACCACAAAGAGCUGGCAGAGCGCGGAAAGUACGACCCGGCAAUUGCAUUUGCGACCUGGACAGACGGAAGUUGCUCUUCGGGACAGGUCGACUAUCACGAGCCCGAUGGAUCCUGCAUCGCGCUCCCGGGCCAGAGCAUGAAGAUUUGGUGGCUCGCCUCUGGCUGUAGAAUGCUGCUCGGCGACUGUUCCAACUCAGUCAACCCGGACUGGCGCUACGUCUCGAACGACUGUGUCCCCAUUGGGGACAAGUACAGAUACCAGAUCUACUGCUGA